AUGGCAUCUUCAAGUUUAAAAUCUCACAUAAUAUAUGCUUGCGGAAUUGAGAAUCAAUUUGUCGAGGACUUUAAAAAGGUAGUUAUUCAAUUGGCUCCAAACAUCCAAAUUGGUAGUUUUACCAAUUAUGUUUGUUCAAAAAAGAGAAACUGGAACUUUGUGGAAUUGCGGUUUUCUUCGGAGAAAGACGGCGUUCAGUUAAAAGUACAGCUAACUGGUUUAAAGAUUAAAGAGAGUAAACUUCCUUUAAGACUGUUUUGGCCAGUAGAAAUGGAUAACAGCAAACGCAAGCAACUGAAUUAUGACGUUUCUAAGCAACUAGCACAAUUAGGCCGUAAAACUUAUGGCUGUUACUACGAUAGAAACAUUGAAGAAAAACAAACAAGGGGUGACAAAUUAUUUGGCAGCCCUAGUCGUCAAAGAAAGAAAUGGGGUCUUCAACUCACUGGAUAUCGUGUAUCCUUCCGUCGCUUUUUACCCGAAAUUCCGCCUUGUCCAGACUAG